AUGGGUAAGCUGAGGUCAGAUGGUCCAAGCAAGGAUGAACCUGAACCUCGAGAAAAAGAAAGCGUGAAGAGAAGAAGAAUAGAUAACGAUCACCAUAAUGAAGCUACUACGGGUGUUAAUGAUGAGGAAGAAUCUAUAGAUGUUUUAGAUAAUGAUGACGAUUCAGUGGAAAUAGUCCAUGAAAAUGCUGCACCAGCAUCCCCGGAGGACUUGUUAAUUAGGGCAUUGGAAGAAGGACUUGCAGAAACACCGUCGAUGGAGGACAAUUUACAUGAGACAAAUGCUACAGCAACACCGGCUCUAAACACAGAUAACACUCAAGGUCAGACAGCUGAGAAUAUAGACGAAAGUGUAGUUAUAAAUUCCCAACCAGUCACGUCUAACACUAGAACGCCAACUGGCGUGUCCGCUGCAUCAUCUGUAGUAACGCCAAGAGUUCUUGAUACAUCAGGAUUUGAUCCGUUGAUUGAGGCCAUAGAUCUUGAAGCAGCGGAACAACAAGUAAUCCAAAUUCCCGAUGAUGAAAUUGAGGAUGAAAUUCAAAGAGGAAAGAAACAAGAAACGUAUAGGCCUGUAACGGAAUAUCGCUGUCCCAUUUGCAUGGAUCCACCUGAAACUGCCUUGAUUGCUCCUUGUGGACAUGUGUUUUGCUGUGAUUGUUUAUUCCAAAUGGUGAAUAGUUCAAGAACGUAUAGAAAGGAUGGUCACUGUGCUUUAUGUAGGAAAGAAGUAAGAUUAAGAGAUGUGAAACUGAUAAUACUAAGAAAGAAAAGAAUAAAAAAAGUCGCUUAA